AUGGCAGUGACACGCCAUCAAACGGAAUCCGCCAAGCGACAAACCAGAAGAUCUUCGACAGUAGUACGGAUUCAAUCCACCAAAAAAUCCAAAAAGCCAUCGAACCCACAUCCACCGUUCGCCCAAAUGAUCCUCGAAGCAAUCAGUGAUCUGAGUGAUCGAAAAAAUAAGUGGAUCAGCAAAUUCAAGAUCGCCGCGUGGAUUUGCAAGAACUACAGUAUCCCGAGAUCCGCAUCAUCGAAGCACUUCACAUUUUUGGCUAUUAACAAAGCGGUGUGUGAGGAGAUUCUCGACGCGAGGACCAAUGGAACGAUCACUUCGUAUAAAAUUGUGAAACAAUAA